AUGCUGGCAGCACGCCAUGCAGGGAUGCUUGAAGGGCCUCACGACAGGAUUCUGAAGGCGUUUGAUGGAGAGCCGAAGAGAAGCACAGACACCCUCCGAAGAUCGUUUUCUGCCGACGCGAUUCCGGCAGCAGGGCAAUCGACUCCGGCUCCUACGGAGCAGCCCGGUGUACUCGGCACUACCUGGCGAAACGCGGUGCCGUUUCGGGAUGAAAAUCCGGAUUUGACGCCAAUAUCAGAUGGCCAAACUCUCAACACGAAUUGCGAGGUGCCGUUCGCAAUCGGGGGGACAUGUGUGCACCAAGAAAAGGGAGUGCUUCCCAUCGAGGGCAUCGACAUGGUUUUCAACAACGAAAACGCCCUGACGAAUCUCCAGAGCAUGGCGUGCGUCUCAGCUUCGUCCAAUGGUUCGGCGCAGCCGCGAGGAAGAGCCGAUGAAGGAUGGGAACCCCUCACUGGUGGAUGUUCUGUACCUGAAAGCGAAAGAAGGCUGCGGGACAAGAUACGCAGGAAAAUGCUUCGGCGGAAAAAGCGAAAGUGCUGCGGCCUCGUCUACGCGUUCCAUAAGCUAAAAGAGGCCAUCUCGCUGCUUUUCACGGUUCAGUUUUGGCUCCGGACGGCUGCGACGUGCAUGGCGUGCCUGUGCUGUGACAAUAACAUGCGGGUCGUGACCCAAGUCAGCAACAGCGCUGCUCACAAUCUGCGCUUCCCAAGCGAUCCUCAAGUGCUGGCCGCUGCUGCCGAGGCGUACCGGGACUGCCUGCUUGCGAACAACGACAGCGUAGCGGCCGCAGAGGCGGCGGCGCUCACCCUGGGCUUAACGUGUCCUGAAGCUCGCAGGCGUAUUUCCAUGUUCCCGCCGAUAGGACUGAUCACGCCAGUGACUCAGGCUCUGAGGUAUCGGAGUCCAGAUUUCGCUUAUGCUCGGGCUCUCGAGGCUCGCUUACAGCGUCACAUCGAGGCACGGAUCAAAGCGAUGUACCGGGACAAGGCACAGCAUUCGUCGGACGCGUCAGGGGGAGACACAGGGGCCUUCAACGGUUCAUGGCUCUCUCAGAACCCCUUCGGUCGUGAAGACGUCUCUCCGGACCCUUCCCCCAGCCGACCGCGGUAUACCGUACUUUUUGCGCGGGACGGAGCAAAUGAAAUAUAUAAGCUCCUGAGACAUUUUGAGGAAGCGCGAGCGUGCAUGGCGUGGCAGCAGUCUAUCUCGCGGGAAGAACGGCAUCGAUGCCGGGGGUCGCUUUUUGGCUUCUCCGACGUGCAGCAACACGCUCCCCCGCAGCACCGAGACAUGUGCCCGGGAGCAGAAUGCUCAUCUGCGGCACGCACGCCGACCUGUUCAUUCUUUGCGGAGAAAGAGUCGCUACACAUCAACUCUGGUGGCUGCUCCCUCAUCUGCGAAGAUCCCCACAAUCUUGGGGGCCAGCUUCAGGAAUGCUUGCGCAGGUAUUACAGCGACAAUGAUGCGCCAUAUGCCGUCCCCGUUCAUUUCAACCGCAUGGACAAGAACUUUGUGUGGCAGCUUCUUGAAAACACCGGUGUUUUCGCACCUGCGCCGCCAGUGGCUUCCCUAAUUCUUGCACAAGAAGGACCGCUUAGUAGCUCUCUCGAAGGCGGGGCCGGCUCCCCUCGCUUCCGAAGACCUCUCACCGCGACUGUUGUCGUCGUUGUCAGGGUAUUUGCCUAUCCGUGCGGUGUGUAUAGUGGGUGGGCAUGCGCUGCUCGACUUGCUUGA